GAAGUCUAAAUGUAGCGUAUGUCUUUCAGAGGUUUGGUGCCAAUCUGGAAGCGAACAGGUCGCUGUAAAAAUGUGAUUUAUUUUGAAACCUGCUGACCUGGCGAGGUUGUGCGUGAGGUUUGAGACUCGCUACGUAGAAACCAGCUCUAGUGAAAUAUACGCAACACCCUUGGAAGUUAUAUCUUUGCUGUGUAUUAUUUUCUGUAAUCGGCUAACGCUUUUUAAUUCGUUAUCUGCUGCAAGAAGACCUCUAUUAAUUGCACUACAGUUCAAUGGAAUUAAAUUUUAUUUACAACAUAAAAAAGCUAUGAGGAAAUACUGUACGAAAGUGGGACUGUAAAACUUAUAAAAAAUUGCAAAUACAAUUUGAGUUAUAUAUAAUGUUAAAAGAAAUCAAUAACAAAAGCAGAGAAGUAAUGAAAAAACAAAAACAUUUUAUUGGACUAUUUAUGGGGGCCGUAAAAGAAGUGUUGAUGGCAGGCCAUUGAAAAUCGAUAUUAGCCAUAAAAAGUAUGUCUACUCCUUGUUCCGACAACAGUAACAAGUGAAUGUCGAAUGUGAACGUGCUGAUCGCAACGAAGAAAUCGCAAGAAAAAAUAAAUUAAAACUGUACUUGCUUAAACGCAGUUAAGUGAAAAGAAACCUAAAGAACACAGUGCCUGAUAUAAAUAUAUCAAGAAAUACUUGUGAGAAGUAAAAAAAAGGAAUAGUCCUGCAAUGCAUAAAUUAACGUUGCUUUCACUUUGCCUCAUCGUGGUCACAACCUUCGCGGCCUCCACGAAUAAUUUACUCCGCAGCACAGAGUUGCAUUUGCUGCAAAUAAUGGUGGAUACGCGUGAUCAUCAGCGCGCCAAUCCAGAACAGAGCAUAGCUUGCUUUGAUUAUUAUUUGCAAUUGCUCGAUGAUCUGAGCCUGGAGUAUAAGGAAAAUUACAACGCCUGCUUGGCCUCGGCCGAUGCAGACAGAACCGAGAUCGAUAUUGGCACACAACCAAAACGUGAUGAGAUAGAAGCAGCGGCAACGUUGUCAUGUAACGCGCUCCAUCAGUGUUCGCAGCUUAGUAGUUCCAUUGAGUAUUUCGAAUGUUUCGCGAGAGAUGCUAAAGAAAGUUAUGAGAGUUCAUUUAAGAUUUCAGCAGACUCUGCUGAAACCCUAGCGGAUGUAAGUGAAAAAUAUCGCGUAAUUGAAACUACCGAAAAUCGCUGUACGAACGCCUCCGAACGUGCUUAUUUGGAGAAGACCUAUAAGACUAAUAUGGAUUUGCAAAGCUGUUUGAGGGGCGAGUCAUCAGUUCCCACAGUUGCCCCUACUGAUGCGCCAACAGAUGUACCAACCGAUGCGCCAACAAAUGCACCAACCGAUGCGCCAACAAAUGUACCAACCGAUGCGCCAACAUAUGCGCCAACAGAUGCACCAACCAUUGCACCAACAGAUGCACCCACUGAUGCACCUACAGAUGCGCCAACAGAUGCACCAACCGUUGCACCAACAGAUGCACCAACCGUUGCACCAACAGAUGCACCCACUGAUGCUCCAACCGUUGCACCAACAGAUGCACCUACAGAUGCGCCAACAAAUGCUCCAACCGAUGCACCAACAGAUGCGCCAACAGAUGCACCUACAGAUGCGCCAACAAAUGCCCCAACCGAUGCACCAACAGAUGCGCCAACAAAUGCCCCAACCGAUGCACCUACAGAUACACCAACAACUGAUGAGGAUUUUAUGCCUGAAGAAGAUCUCUUUGACACGCUUAUGCAACGCCUCGGCAAGCUAAAAGCCCGAGCCGCAUUGAGAAAGCACUAAAUUGGUCUGAAAAUUGUCAUAGAAAAUUCACAUUAUUAUUUAAAAAAUACGACCACACAAUUUCAUGAAAA